CCUCCCAACCAGAUUUCCUCUUAGCCCCCAAACACAGAUCGGCGUGUGCAGUCCUGAUAGUGCCUCAUAAUUUCAUCCGACUCCAGCAGAAGUGAAAAUCGGCGCUUCCUUGUCAAACACGGAUGUCAGGACGGAUUGCUAUUGGGCAGUCACAGGCAGAUAUCCAAUUCAUUGGUCCAGAAUGAAGUCAUUAAUUUAGUUGGGCGGGCUUUAAAUGUUUUACACGAGGAAAUGGUGUAGCAGUAUUGUUAUUGUAGCGACACAAGUGCAGAUGUUGAAUGUGAAAAUAUACAGAGGGGUGUUUCUCCUCGCGCUCGCAGUUUUUGUUCCUCGUGCUGCUGAGGCGCUGGACAAUGGUCUGGCACUGACACCUACAAUGGGCUGGCUGCACUGGGAGAGAUUCAUGUGUAAUACCGACUGUGACAAGGACCCCAAUAACUGUAUCAGUGAGCGUUUGUUCAUGCAGAUGGCAGAUGUGAUGGUGAAGGAGGGCUGGAAGGAGGCCGGUUACGAGUACGUCUGCAUCGAUGACUGCUGGCCCUCCCACCAGCGCGAUGCCCAGGGCCGCCUGCAGGCAGACCCCAAAAGAUUCCCGGGAGGCAUCAAGAAACUAGCAGACUAUGUCCAUUCUAAAGGACUGAAGCUGGGCAUCUAUGCAGACGUGGGGGAAAAAACCUGUGCUGGAUACCCUGGUAGUCUUGGUUACUAUGAGAUUGACGCUCAGACCUUUGCUGACUGGGGUGUGGAUCUGCUCAAGUUUGACGGCUGCUACAUGGGCUGGAAACUGCUGGGAGAAGGUUAUGUGAAUAUGUCAAAAGCACUGAACAAAACUGGAGCAAGUAUCCUGUACUCCUGUGAGUGGCCUUUGUACGAGUGGCCUUUUAGACAGCCCAACUACACAGCCAUCCGUGAGACGUGUAACCACUGGCGUAAUUACGCUGAUGUGUAUGACUCGUGGAACUCGGUCAAGUCCAUCUUAGACUGGACGUCAUCUCAUCAAGACAUCAUUGUCCCCUCAGCUGGACCUGGGGGCUGGAAUGACCCUGAUAUGCUCGUGAUUGGAAACUUUGGCCUAAGUCAUGACCAGCAGGAGUCUCAGAUGGCAUUAUGGGCCAUCAUGGCAGCCCCUCUGUUCAUGUCUAAUGAUCUGAGAGAUAUCUGUCCUUGCUCCAAGAAGCUGCUGCAGAACAGACACAUCAUUGCCAUCAGCCAGGAUCCUCUGGGCAAACAGGGAUACUGCACAGUCAAGGUGGCCAGCUUUGAAGUGUGGGAGAGGCCUCUGUUUAAGAACCAACUAGCUAUUGCUGUGCUGAACAAACAAGAGAUCGGAGGUCCGAGAGACUUUUCCAUCAGCGUGGCCCCUGGCUGGAAAUUCUGCAGCCCCCUGUGUAAUGUCACGCAGAUUCUGCCCCAGUACAAGGAGAUAGGUGUUCAGACUCCAAAAAGCAACUUGGCUGUAUCCGUCAAUCCUUCGGGAACUGCUCUACUGACUGUCACUCAAAUCAGCAAAGACUUCAACCAGCUGCCCUGGCAGAACAUGCCAGUCAAGCGAAUGGGUUUAUAGUCGGACGAUGGUUACGCACGUCACUGUCCUGCACUAUUCAUUCUUUUAAAUGGAAAAGGUAACAAGUAUUUCCUUUACAUACAGUUUGAAUGAUCUGGGAUACACUGGAGGUAAAUACUCAUGUUGAAUAAGUCACUGGAAGAUGUUUUUGCACUACAGGCUGGAAUGACAAAGGUUCUAAUUAUUUUCAAAGCCAAACUUUGGGUCCUGCACAGUCAACAGUUUUAGUGAAAGAAGGACCAAACUCAAAGUAUAUUUUGAAACAUUUAUUGAAAACUGUGACAACCUCCAGAAGACUGAGCCACAGUUUAAAACUGGAUGACCUGGCCCUGUAAGAGACAGAUAAAAAAGCAGGUUAAAAUUAUGUUGAUACAAGUUUCACUUUAGAGCUGGCUUGAAAUAAGAAAUGCAUGAUCCAUGAUGUUUAUGAAUUUGUUUAUCAUUCAAAUAAAGACAGAUUUUAAAGAUUA